CACCUCGGUAGACCCCAGCUUACGUCACUGGCCCUCUGAGCCUCCUUGGUCCGGUCUGCCUUGGUCCAGUCUGAAUAGGGGCAUAAAUUCUUUCUAAGAAGUUUCUCACAUUCAAUUCAACUUCUUACUCUCACGUCAUCGUUGCUAUGGAUCCUAUGUCUCCAGACAACGUGCCCCUAGAUGCCCCUCGUCCUACGAUCGGCGUUCAGUGGGGUUCAUCCUCACUAUCGUUCUCUACGUUAGAUGACCCGCGAUCCUCUUCUACACAGUCCUUGGUCCCUUCUCCAUCUGAGAAUGAUGAUUCAGGGCGCCGUAGACUACUAGUCAUCUAUAUACAUGGUUUCAUGGGCAACGAUGCCUCGUUUCAAUCCUUUCCCGCUCAUGUGCACAAGUACCUUAAACUCGCCUUAUCCGAGACCCAUACCGUCCAUUCUAAGAUUUACCCAAGAUAUAAAACUUAUAAGGCUCUUGAUGUAGCCCGCGAUAACUUCAGCAGGUGGUUAGCCCCACAUGAAUCUCCCACCACCGACGUGAUUCUCGUCGGUCAUUCUAUGGGGGGAUUAUUGGCCGCUGAUGUUGCUUUGAUGCCAUCUAGAAACCAAUACCAAACGGGGUACUUUCUUCACCGUAUUAUAGGGACAGUUAAUCUAGAUGUGCCCUUCCUCGGGUUGCAUGCAAGUGUCGUCACAGCUGGUAUCGCCAGUCUAUUUAGGCCUAAAUCGGACACAGCAAACCCGCCCGAGGCGCCAAUACCGGAGGAUGAAUCAGUCCUAUCCCUAUCUAAUAUCACCUCAGGAAACACUUCGAUAUACUCAGAUCCAUCCAGCGCUUCUCAGUCACCGAGACCACAAGGGAUCCCUUAUGGUAUGACGUUCGAUCCAAAUUUCAAUCCAUCGUUUGUCAACGAUGUCCCCCUUCGGGAUAGGGGCUGGUGGAGAAACAUUGUUCAUUUCGUCGAUAAGCAUAAUUCGGAAGGUCUACUAAACGCCGUCAGCCAUCACCUCGUGUCACAUCUGGAAUUCGGAAGCUGUCUCAUGGAUAUGAAUAACCUGACGACUCGGUAUGAGGAUAUUCGUAGAUUGGAGGAUGUAGACGAUUUAAAAGAUCAUGGAUUUCCUCACGUACCUCCACAAGUUCGCUUCAUCCAGUACUAUACUGUGUGCCAUGGAUAUCCUAAGCCCAAAGACCCAGCCCCUAAUAGCAAUUCAGAAGCUUCGGAGACUUUAUUGAACGCACGAUCAACUCCCUCGACACCGCGAAUUUCAAUUCAGAGUCACGAUCGUCCCCCAAGCCCGCAAGAUCUAGAUGCUACCGACAGCAAUACUUUACGGCGGGGUUCUUUCGAUGACGAUCCUGAAACCCCAGAAUUGCAGUUACUUGCUCCUGAACCAAUGUCUGAAGAGUACCAACCGAUACCCGAAGCUAGCACGUUUGAUGAGCCUCUAAAAGAUACCAAGGACAAAGUCUCAGAAAACGGUCUUUCGGUCAAUCAUAAUGAUAGCGCUGAUACAGAAGCGCUUUCUCAGCAGCCCCAUAAGAAUUCCUCGGCUCAGCAGUCCUCAGAUAACGACGUAGUCUCAACAAGCGAUCUUACCAAUGAUAUAGCAUCCUUAAGUAUUGGUCUUCCUACAAUACCGGAACUUCCUAUAAGACCAGAACCACCGGAUUUUAGCCAGUAUACAGAUAAAGACGUGCGGAAACAAGCCGAGAAGGAAGCCAAGCGGGCACAGAAAGAUUACGAUAGGCUCGUAAAGGACCGUGAUAAGGCUAUCAGGGAACGGCAGAAAAUCUACGACAAGAGGAAGAAGAAGCUGGCGCAAGACGCGGAGAAGAAAGCGAAGGAAGAACAGAAACGGCGCAAGAAAGAAGCAGCCGCCGCCGUUGCCGCGUCGAAUUCCUCAACUUCAGACGACGGACCUCUUAGGAACAUUUCUUCCACCGUCGCGCAAUCAGAAGAUCCCGACGUGGCAUCGCCUCUAGCAGCCAGUCCCUCGGAACAGUCCCGGGGUAAAGAAGCCAAGCCUCCAAAACCACCGAAAGAGCGUAAAUUCUGCAAUGUUCCAAAGAUGGACGGCGUGGUAGACCCCAAGUGGGUCAAGAUCUUCAUGAAAGACAUGGAUCAAGUCGCCGCGCACACGAGUCUAUUCUUCAGGGGCGAGCACUACGAAAAGCUCGUUGGCGAGGUCGGCCAGACCAUCGUAAACUGGGUCCAGGAUGACAUGUCGAAGAGGGCUAUUUUGGAGAUGCAGUAGGAGAGCAAGAAUCUAGAACUUUGGUUUCGUCUCACGCCUCCGGAUCAAUAGUAUACUUAGGGAAGGGCACUUUAUCUUGCGUAGGUAAUUAAUAUUGUAAUGAUACCCAAGAGUAAACAGGCGAUAAUUAAAU